AUGAAGAACUUUUUAAAUAUAAUAUAUAUAUUGUUAGCUCAAUGGAUUAUUCAAAUAGAAUUUGGAUCAGCUUGCUCAGAAAACGAUAUACACGCUUUAAUUCUUGCAAGAGGAGGAAGCCAAGGAAUAAAACAUAAGAACUUGGUCAAAAUUAACGGAAUUUCUCUUUUAGCUCGCUCAAUAUUGACAAUAAAGAAUGCAUCUGAUUGCUUUGAGAAUAUUUGGGUUUCAACAGAUGACGAAAAUAUUGCAAAGGAAGCGGACAAAUACGGAGCAUUGGUCCAUAAUCGCCCCGCACAAUACGCAAUGGAUAAUACAUCCUCGCUUGAUGCUGUGAAAGAAUUUCUUAAUGCCCACCAAACAAUUAAUAAUGUCGCAUUAUUUCAAUGCACAUCAGUUUUUUUAAAAGAAGCUUACAUAAGACAGGCUGUUGAAAAAUAUAAAAGCCACGAGUGUGUUUUUGCAGUCAGAAGGUCGCACAGCUUACGUUGGGAAUUAAAGAACAAUGUCUUGAUACCUUCAAAUUUUCGUAUAGAGUCCCGACCUAGACGACAAGAUUGGAGUGGAGAUAUGAUUGAAACAGGAAUGUUUUAUUUCUCACGGAGAGAAUUAGUAAUGAGUGGCUUUUUGCAAAAUGAAAAGUGUGCAGUUGUUGAUAUUUUGCCGGAAGAUGCUUUGGAAAUCGACUCUUAUCAGGACUUGAAAAUAGCUCGCUGUAUUGUAGAUAGCUGAUAUAAAUUAUAAGACUGAUCUUCGUUGGUUAAAUAGAUCUGCAACAUAUUUACUUUAUUUACAUUUUACAUAUUCGUCACUAAAAUCACUCAAUCUGUGUUUUUGUUAUGUUUAACAGCAAACACGUUACUCUAAAAGGUCUGAUAAAUAAAGUAAUUAACUAACAAAAAUUUGUAUAGGAAAA